CUCAUCUCCUAAGUCUGAUUGGCUUGCCCGGGUGCCUGUCACUAACGCUUUCACCGUUGACUGGCCGUCGGACCGCCGCUCUGCGCGGCGCCGGUUCCGCCCCCGUCGGGUGUUUGUGGUGGGGCUGCGGAGUCGCCGAUCCCGCCGGAAGCGCCAGGACAAUGGGGACCCGGGACGACGAGUACGACUACCUAUUCAAAGUGGUGCUUAUCGGGGACUCAGGUGUGGGCAAGAGUAACCUGCUGUCACGCUUCACCAGAAACGAGUUCAACCUAGAGAGCAAGAGCACCAUUGGCGUGGAAUUUGCCACUCGCAGCAUUCAGGUGGACGGAAAGACUAUCAAGGCUCAGAUCUGGGAUACUGCUGGCCAGGAGCGCUACCGUGCCAUUACCUCUGCGUACUACCGUGGUGCAGUGGGUGCACUGCUGGUGUAUGACAUUGCCAAGCACUUGACAUAUGAGAAUGUGGAGCGUUGGCUGAAGGAGCUGCGGGAUCAUGCAGACAGCAACAUCGUCAUCAUGCUGGUGGGCAACAAGAGUGACCUGCGCCACCUGCGGGCUGUGCCCACUGAUGAGGCCCGUGCCUUUGCAGAAAAGAACAACUUGUCCUUCAUUGAGACCUCAGCCUUGGAUUCCACUAAUGUAGAAGAAGCAUUCAAGAACAUUCUCACAGAAAUCUACCGCAUUGUGUCACAGAAGCAAAUUGCUGACCGUGCGGCCCACGAUGAGUCCCCUGGCAACAAUGUGGUGGACAUCAGUGUGCCACCUACCACCGAUGGACAGAAACCCAAUAAGCUGCAGUGCUGCCAGAACCUGUGACCGCCCUGCGCCUCCACCCAGCGUGCGUGCACGUCCUUGGUCCUUGGCCAGCCCCUCCAGUGUCCUCCCGGCCCCUCCCUUGUCCCUUUAGGACAGGCUGCUCCCACCCUCCACGUGAGCUCCUCCUACCAGCCCACUGGCCCAGGAGGAGCAGGAGUCAAGUGGCCUCUCCUGUCCUGCCUGCUCGAGAGAAGCUAGAAGCCCCUUGCUUAUGUACCUGCUCUUGGGUAUCAUGGGCAUCUUGACAGGGUGGGGAGGUUGGUAGAAUGGACGGGGCCAGCCAGAGGUGAGGAAGAUGAGUGGAAGGACCCAGCUUCUCCUGUUUUACGUGGUAGACUCCAGGGAGCGAUCACCUCCUUCCCUCUCUGGCCAUUUGACCCAGCUGGCCCUGCAUCCCCACCCCAAACCCUCAGAGCUGAUACCUGAAGAGCCAGGCAUUAGGGGCUGGGCAGGUGGACAGUCCUGCCUACACCACCAUAGCCAGCGCCAGCACGGCCUCCAGCAUUCCCAGGCCUGCGCACUCCUGCUCCUGCCUGUAGAUUUAUGCUGGGAGAAGACCCCACACACACACACACCUUGCCCCUCUCCAUCCUCUGCACGCAGCGUUGUCCCCUGCCCGUCCCUUCUCUGUCUCGUCUCCCUGUCUGGUCAGGAACCUGUCUGCAAGUGAAGCAAUAUCUCCAUGUUUUGUAUAUAAAACUGCUCUUGUAGCCUUUGGUUUUUUGUUAUUGUAGAGAAACACAGAUUCUUUAUACACUUUGUAAAAUUUACGCCAAACCCCAGCUCUCGAACUCUUAUUCUUCCUGUAGCCCCUGCACUGUUGCCCGUUACUAAAAUGUAUAAGCCAACUUCUGUACAGAAACC